ACAUGGUUAGUGGGCCUUCAGUCCGCAGGACCGAUCUAAAGCUAGUCCAAAGGAAAACCCCUGAAACACUCUGCUCCCAGUUCUCAAGAGGAGUCUUUGCAAUUUUUGGAUUCUAUGACAAGAAAUCUGUAAAUACCAUAACAUCGUUCUGUGGGACUCUUCAUGUCUCCUUCAUAACUCCCAGCUUCCCAACAGAUGGAACACAUCCGUUUGUCAUUCAGAUGAGACCUGACCUCAAGGGAGCUCUUCUUAGCUUGAUUGAAUACUAUCAGUGGACCAAGUUUGCAUAUUUGUACGACAGUGACAGAGGCUUAUCAACGUUGCAAGCUGUACUGGAUUCUGCAGCUGAAAAGAAAUGGCAAGUGACUGCUAUCAAUGUAGGAAAUAUUAACAAUGACAGAAAAGAUGAAACUUACCGUUCAUUAUUUCAAGAUCUAGAGGUAAAAAAGGAAAGGCGAGUGAUUUUGGACUGCGAGCGAGAUAAAGUCAACGACAUUGUUGAUCAGGUUAUCACAAUUGGUAAACAUGUGAAAGGUUACCAUUACAUCAUUGCAAAUCUGGGAUUUACUGAUGGAGACUUAUCAAAAAUUCAGUUUGGAGGAGCUAAUGUCUCAGGAUUUCAGAUAGUUGACUAUGAUGAUCCUUUGGUGUCAAAAUUUAUACAACGUUGGUCAACACUGGAGGAGAAAGAGUAUCCGGGUGCACACACCAGUACGAUUAAGUAUACAUCAGCUCUCACCUAUGAUGCUGUUCAAGUGAUGACAGAAGCUUUCCGUAAUUUACGUAAACAGAGGAUUGAGAUCUCCAGAAGAGGAAAUGCUGGAGAUUGUCUUGCAAAUCCAGCUGUGCCCUGGGGUCAUGGUGUAGAAAUAGAAAGGGCAUUGAAACAGGUUCAGGUGGAAGGUCUAACAGGGAAUAUAAAGUUUGAUCAGAAUGGAAAGCGAAUCAAUUUUACAAUAAACGUCAUGGAGCUCAAAAGUACUGGUCCUCGGAAGAUUGGAUAUUGGAGUGAAGUGGACAAAAUGGUUGUGAAUCCUCUUGAUGGCCCUCUUGGAAAUGAAUCUUCAGGACUAGAGAAUAAGACUAUUAUUGUCACCACUAUUUUGGAGUCCCCAUACGUCAUGAUGAAGAAAAAUCAUGAAAUGCUUGAAGGAAACGAUCGAUAUGAGGGCUAUUGUGUGGACUUAGCUACAGAAAUUGCUAAACACUGUGGAUUCAAAUAUAAGCUCACAAUUGUUGGGGAUGGCAAGUAUGGGGCCAGGGAUGCAGAUACGAAAAUCUGGAAUGGGAUGGUUGGAGAACUUGUUUAUGGGAAAGCCGAUAUUGCAAUCGCUCCAUUAACAAUAACAUUAGUGAGAGAAGAGGUGAUUGACUUCUCAAAGCCCUUUAUGAGCCUGGGGAUAUCAAUAAUGAUCAAGAAGCCUCAGAAGUCCAAGCCAGGAGUGUUUUCAUUUCUUGAUCCCUUAGCAUAUGAAAUCUGGAUGUGCAUUGUUUUUGCCUACAUUGGGGUCAGUGUAGUUUUAUUCCUGGUCAGCAGAUUUAGCCCAUACGAGUGGCACACUGAGGAAUUUGAAGAUGGAAGAGAAACGCAAACUAACGAAUCAACUAAUGAAUUUGGGAUAUUUAAUAGUCUCUGGUUUUCCCUGGGUGCCUUUAUGCAGCAAGGAUGCGAUAUUUCGCCAAGAUCCCUGUCUGGGCGCAUUGUUGGAGGUGUGUGGUGGUUCUUUACCCUGAUCAUAAUCUCAUCCUACACGGCUAACUUAGCUGCUUUCCUGACGGUUGAGAGGAUGGUGUCUCCCAUUGAAAGUGCAGAGGAUCUUUCCAAGCAGACAGAAAUUGCUUAUGGGACAUUAGAUUCUGGCUCCACUAAAGAGUUUUUUAGGAGAUCUAAAAUUGCAGUGUUUGAUAAAAUGUGGACCUAUAUGAAAAGUGCAGAGCCAUCUGUGUUUGUGAGGACAACAGCAGAAGGGGUAGCUCGAGUACGGAAGUCCAAAGGAAAAUAUGCCUACUUGCUGGAGUCAACCAUGAAUGAGUACAUCGAACAAAGGAAACCCUGUGAUACCAUGAAAGUUGGUGGGAAUUUGGAUUCCAAAGGCUACGGCAUCGCCACACCUAAAGGAUCCUCAUUAAGAAAUGCGGUUAACCUCGCAGUACUAAAACUGAAUGAACAAGGCCUGUUGGACAAAUUGAAAAACAAAUGGUGGUACGACAAAGGAGAGUGCGGCAGCGGGGGAGGUGAUUCCAAGGAGAAGACAAGUGCCCUCAGUCUGAGCAACGUGGCAGGAGUCUUCUAUAUUCUCGUCGGGGGACUUGGUUUGGCAAUGCUGGUGGCUUUGAUUGAGUUCUGUUACAAGUCCAGAGCUGAGGCGAAACGAAUGAAGGUGGCAAAGAAUGCACAGAAUAUUAACCCAACUUCCUCGCAGAAUUCACAGAAUUUUGCAACUUAUAAGGAAGGUUACAACGUAUAUGGAAUCGAAAGUGUUAAGAUUUAGGGGAUGACCUUGAAUGAUGCCAUGAGGAGCAAGGCAAGGCUGUCAAUUACAGGAAGUACUGGAGAAAAUGGACGUGUUAUGACUCCAGAAUUUCCAAAAGCAGUGCAUGCAGUACCUUACGUGAGUCCUGGCAUGGGAAUGAAUGUCAGUGUGACUGAUCUCUCGUGAUUGAUAAGAACCUUUUGAGUGCCUUACACAAUGGUUUUCUUGUGCGUUUAUUGUCAAAGUGGUGAGAGGCAUCCAGUAUCUUGAAGACUUUUCUUUCAGCCAAGAAUUCUUAUAUUUGUGGAAUUCAUCUUGGAUUGUAAUGAAUGCGUAGUUCAAAACACAACACCAUUUUCUACACAAGUUCAAGAUGAAGCUUGACUGACGUGCACAGCUAACAUGGAAGUACUGUAAUCUAACUGAAGUCGUUGUACAGGCAACACACCAGUUUCUGCAGCCACUGUUGUUAGUCCCUUGGUUCAUACAGACUUAAGCACACUUGACAUCAAUUGCAUCGAGAUGUGACAUGUUUUAUAAGAAAAAAAAAAUUUAAAAUGAAAAAAAAUAUUUUUAGGUAUUUUCACAAACAAAAACUGGCUUUUAAAUAAAUUUGCUUCCAUAAUGGUUGAAUAUGACAAACGAGAGGGAAAAAAAAAAAAGAAAAGAAAAAGAAUUUAGACUGCGAGGAAGUGGAAUAUCAAAAUAAGGCUUAAGACAUCAAUUCCGUAUUUUUCAGAGCCAAAUAUGUAAUGCUGAGAAGAGAAAAAAAUCAAUAAUAAUUAAAAGGUUGAAAACUUGUAAUUUAAUAUUGUUAUUAAAACUUUGCUGUAUGUCCUGUUCUUUAACAUUUGGUGUUAAUAUCAAAUUACUUGGCAAUGCUUGACAUUUGAAAUAAACUUUUUCUAUGGUUUUAUUUGCAAGUGGUUCCAUUAAUCUUACUAGUACAGUUGGGUUCUAAAGAGUCUUAAAUCUAAAAGGACACUGUCAAGGUUGGGUCAGUGUAAGUUUUUGGCAGUGUCACCAUCCCCAGCUCAUUUGAAUCUGUUCAACAGUUUUUUCUUUAGGUGAGCCCAAGCUGUAAUGCUCAAAUACGGAUUUGGAACUCUGAAGAUCAAAGGUAUUCUAGGUUGGAGUGAUGCUACCCGCAAACAUAUGGGAGUCAGUUAGGUGCUGAUGCGGAGUCCAGUUCCUCUUAGCUCUGAAGUGUGGGGAUUUAUGAUCCAAAGAUUUGGUUCAUAUCUAUUUCUACUUGUGUGCAAUUGUGUUCAUAAGAUAUGUACAGAGAGAGAAGACUAUUAGUAACAAUUGAUAAAUGGCAAGUACUAAAAGAGUCUAAAAUAAUUUUUCAAAAUACAAAACAAACACAGAUCUCAAAAUUGUUCCUUCAAAGAAGCAGUUUUCAAUCUCUUAAAAACCAAUUCUAAGUAGCACCUAGUAACAUUCUUCGUCGUGAAACAAUACCUUGACAAUGUCUUUUUAAAUUCAUAAGUGAAAUUAGAUGCGGGUCUGUACUGAAGAAAUAUAAGAGCUGACAUGAAACUUAACCAUUAUGAAUUUUCUUUACAAUCUGAAGUUAUCAUACAUUUUAAUUAUAUAUAUUUUAAGACCAUAUAAGCAAAAAGGAAUCUUAGGAGGGGUGCAAUAACAUUAAUUUAAAUGCUAAUGCAAAACAAACCAAAAUAAUAUUUCUCUAGCUUUCCCUGUAGAUAAAAUACCAUAUAUUUGGUUGAAAAGCCUCCAUUUUUGUGCAUUGUGGAUGCAAAAAAGAUGCAUUGUACUUUGUGCUGUAUCAAUAAUUCUCUAUUUCGUUCUGGACUUAAAUAAAAUUUGAAAUGAGACGGGCACUUUUAGUUGGAAUCCAUCUCUGAGGCUUAAGUAAAAUAUGUACUGAACACUGCAGGAGAUGGAGCAUUUAUCAAAAAGUUUAAAUCUCUUCUCAUCGUACAAGCUCUGAGCUUGUUUCUGCAAGCGCGUGAGCACAGUGUGUACUCUCACUGCUGUCAGCCUAAGAGAUAUACACAGUGUUUGCGAUACCUGAUAAACUUACCAGUAACUUCCCCAUAAUUAAACUAAACCAUUUCUUGAUGCAUCUGUUGAAGUAAUCCAUAGGUGUUCUGUGCAUUACUCCUCAUCAGCAAUGUUGGGGAAUGCAUUCUGAUUUUUAAUGUUCAAUGCUAGAAUGACCAAACUAAAAUAAUACUCAUAUGGUAAUCGAAACUUUUUGAAAAAGUAGAAUUGCAUUACUAUAUACAGUGGAAAGCUAUUUAUUGUACCUCUGGGCUUACUCCUCUAAAAAUCAUAGCGUAAAAAAUCUUUGUCAAGCCUGAAAUGAUGUAUAUAACUGAAAUAAUGUAAAGUUAUAUUUUCAUGUUUUUAUACUUAACAACAUGAUGGGAAUACAUAAUGUAUGAGUAUUUCAAUUACAGAUAAUAUUGAUUGGAUAAUACACAUCUCAGUUAAAAAGCAGUAAUCAUAGUUUAAUAUCCAUGUUACAGUACAUCCGUAUAUUGCUAUAUAAAGUAUGUCUGUGUGCAUUUAAGUGAAAAAGUAGCUGAGAGUGAUGAAAGCUGUCCAAGGGUUUUUUAUUCAUUUUAUAUGAAAACUGUUAUGGAGCAACCAAAAUGUUUAUGAACUUAAUCUUGUGUGAAUUUCAAAAUGUCCUUUCUUGUAGCUUUUUGUUUACAGUACAGUAUCUUAUUUUCUGCUUUGUUAAAUGAGUAACAGUACAAAGCUGGACAUACACUUUCUAAGACAUUAACAUUCCUGUUUUUUCAUGUAUACCUAUAUGACAGAAGAUGCUUCUGAUUUUAUUUUUAAAUCUAACACAUGAUGGCUUUUCUGGAGUGUUGUAUAAACUUCAAUCAUACAUAAAAAAUCUUCUUAAAAAAGGCAAAAGA